CGAUUAUAUGCAUAAAUAAAUAUAUAAAAAACUGCAAACUGCUGAGAGAUCUGUUGUGAAAAGUUGUAUUUUUUAUGAACAGAUGUAAAUGUAAUAUUCUCAUACAGAUAAAAUGUACAACAGUUGCUAAAAAGAAAAGAAAAGAAAAGAUUUUAAGCACUCAAUUUAUUGAGAAAAAUCCACUAUGGCGUGUUGCUUCCGUAUGCUGCAGUACAUAAUUGCGUUGAUGUUACUGGCUGCCAUUGGUCUGCUGGUAACAGCGGCUUGUGUUGAUUAUUGGUGGAAAUUGGAGAUAACUGGAAUGGAAAGUGGGAACAAGGGUUUAUGGCGAACCUGUUUACCAAAGGUUGUCGGAACUAAUUCAAAGACUUGUUCGCAGAGAGAUGACAUUUUUCAGUUUUCGCAGCACAAAAAUUUGGACAUGGUUUUAGCAACACUGUGUGGUGGUGGAGUGUGUUAUAUCAUUUCUGUGGUUUUGAUAUUCAUAACAAUUUGUCAAAAAUAUCCAACGAAAUGCUUCAUUCUCGUGGAAGCAAUUGUGACCUUUCUUGGAGUUGGCGCAUGUGCAUUCAGUGUCACGUGGGCAAUAUUAGAAAUACAAGAUGAGAACUUGAAUUGGGCAUUUUAUUUGCUUUAUGCUGCAGGCGGUUUAGGAGUACUUACGUUUUUCUUCUCGUUGGUAUUACUCUGCAUGCGCGCUCCUGGAGCUUAUCACUCAACGCGUCGAGACGAUGAAAUUAUCAUGCUGUCAAGAUAAAUCUCUUUAACACUUCUGCAGAUUAUAAGAUGUAUUGAGAGAAUAUCAGAAUAUGUGUUCACGCAUGAUUAUUUCUAUCUCGGGAUUUGAAAAGAGUGUUGACUCAGCAAGUCGCAGAUGACGAUAUGUUUUUGAAUUGUUAUAUGUUCGCGUGACGUCAAUAACGACAAUGUGAUGUGGUGUUCCGUAAGAAAGGCCUUCUCCUAUUGCUUCUUUUUACGAAGUUUAUCUCCGAUAUAAAAAUUGAGUCGUAUGUUCCCCUAACAUAACGUCAAAAUUAGGAGCUUGUAGACACUUCAAAAAGAUCUAUGUAUAAGUUUUUAUGUGUGAGGUUCGCCGAAACUGUGUUACAAUAUUUCCAUCUCAGUAACUCCUUUGUUGUAUAUAUGUAAUGAUUGAUGUUGUUUUCAAUUUUUUUACACACUAUAUAUGUGAAAAGAAACGAGAGUGGUCGCACGAGUAUUUAUUUGAAUAAAAAAGAUUUUUUUUUACUGAAAUAUAUCUAAGAUUGAGAAGAAUA